CCGAGCGCACGAAUGCCCCCUUGGAAGAGCACUGAGAGCCUCCUGGUGUGGUUUCUAACUUGUUGUUUCCCCUUAUCGCUUCAGCACAGCCUUCCCCCUUGAGAUUUCUGCUCCUUCCUCGUGCCCUUGGGCAGGAAGGACAUUCAGCAACUACUCACAAGCAGCUACACGGAGGGGACCUCUCGCUUGAACCGAAGGCUGGGAGAGCACAGCGGGUGUUGCAAGGGGCUCGUCUCGGGCGUCUCCGCAGGGCACAUCGCCCCCCGGACAUCAAGCUCAGGAUUAAACAGACGGAGGAGGGCAAGGAACCAUGUUCCAGGCCACGGGACCCCCCAGCUCCCCCCCAGCUCAUGAGGCAAAGAACAGCUCAGGAGGCAGCACCGUGCAGCGCUCCAAGUCCUUCAGCCUGAAGGCACAAGUGAAGGAGAUGUGCACUGCCUGCCAGAAAACCGUGUACCCCAUGGAGCGGCUCGUGGCCGAUAAGUUCGUCUUCCACAACGCCUGCUUCUGCUGCAAGCACUGCCACACCAAGCUCAGCCUGGGCAGCUACGCGGCGCUCCACGGCGAAUUCUACUGCAAGCCCCACUUCCAGCAGCUCUUCAAGAGUAAAGGCAACUACGACGAGGGCUUCGGGCGCAAGCAGCACAAGGAGCUGUGGGUGCACAAGGAGGUGGAGAGUGGGACCAAGUCGGCGUGAGCGGGGCCUGCUCAGCCCUCCCUGGAGCACCGGAACGGUGCCGAGCCGGGCGCUAACUGAGCUGAUGUAAAGCAAAGGGGACCCAAGGGUGGUGAGGGUGGGAGGCAGCACAGCCCUCUCUGGAGGAUGUAUAGAGGGGUCCUAUAGGCCACAGGGGCAGAGGUGACCAGGGGACAGCCUCCAAGCCCCAACUCCGGAGACCAGACCGGAUGCCCAGCCCUGCACAGGCAUUUCAGGUUUGCCACCAUGGAUAAAGAGAUGAUCUUGGAGGGGCCUUAACCCAUCCUCUAAGUCAGAGCAGAGCUCCCAGCUCCUGCCACACCAAUCCUGCCUUGCUGGGGCUCUGGCUAAGGAGGGUCCUUGGUUUACAUCAGCUCAGUUCAGCUGGGAAUGUUCAGCCUUAAGGAUGUUGCCCUGCGACUCUUUCUCUCUCCGUCCUUUUCUAUCUGCCUUCGGUAGGUCCUGCGCCAGGCGCUCUCUUAUUUUUGUAAUACAAGGUUUCUGAGCCU